GCUAAACAUGACUACGCGUCAUUACGUCAAGUAUGCUAUCCGUGGUCCGGGUCUCCGGGAUUCCGAAAUUAUUGUGUGUAUUAUUUUUAUUUUUAUUUUUUCUGAAAAAUAAAUGUUAUCUGCUUGAUAGGAGGAAAGUCGUUUGUCUAUCUGUUGGGAAAUCAGCAGAAUCACUUGUAUCCGUGUAAACCCUAAUUUUGGCGCUUCAAAACCCUAUCAAUCAUAGUCGAGACGUAAAUCAAGAUGGAAGAAGACGGUAUAGGUAUGGUACUUGCUCGAGCUUCGGAGCUGCGGUCCAAGAUCACCAACUGCAUUCACAAUGCAUCAUCUGUUGAUGCCACAACACUAGAGGGAGGAACAGAGUAUAAAGAAGAAGCAGAUGAUGAAGAAGAAGAAGCCGAGAGCCUUUUGAACAUUCGCGAUUCCCUCGAGGUCCUUGAGGCUCAACUUUCUUCUUUGCAGUCAUUACAACAGCAGCAAUGGUAUGAAAAGGAAACAUCUCUCGCUGAGAUCGAUUACAGUCGCAAAAAGCUGCUACAGAAGCUAAAAGCAUACAAAGGGGAGGACUUAGAUGUCAUACGUGAAGCCACUGCUUUUGCUAGCUCAACAGUAGAGAAAGAAAACAACGAUCUUCUUCUUCCUCCAUACCCAACUCGCCCUUCUCCCUCCCUUGACCCUGACACCGGUUACCUAUCACACUUCUCUUUAACACCCAAAAUACACACAAAUGGCCCUCUAAAUGGUCAACCAAAGGGAAGUUUCCAUCAAUCAGAGCCCAGAACCUCGUUACAGGGGUUGAGACAAAUUAUUGUUGCAGCUGCAAAAAGGGUAUUUCCAAUUGUUGGUUUUAUAGCUGCUCUGCAUUUGUCUGGUUUUGAAUUCGGUAGAAGAGGGAGUCUACCCAAGGUUUUGGGCAUGUCUCAAGAACAAAGGAAUCAAGAAAAAGGAGAAAUGAUGGUUGAAUGUCCACCUGGGAAGGUUUUGGUUGUUGAAAAUGGUGAAAGUCGAUGCCUUGUGAAAGAAAGAGUGGAAAUUCCUUUCAAAUCUGUUGUCACAUUACCUGAUGUAAAUUACGGGUGUGGGUAAAUGAUUGUUUUUUCAUUCCAUUGUUUGUAUAUCCAGUUUUUUAUGGAAACCAUGUUAGUAAAUCUGCUUUUAGGAUCAAGAAUGCUGAGUUCUUCUCUUCCCAAGAUAAUCUUCUGUAUACAUGCAU